AUGUUGCAUGUGGCUGCUAUUCUCCUACACUGCCUCCCUCUGGCAUUGGGACAGUAUGACAUCUGCAAAUCCUGGGUGACAUCAGACGAGGGUCCGUCAUGGGAGUUUUAUGCUUGUCAACCAAAGCCCAUGAUAAUGAGAGAGUACACAAUGGUUAAAGUAGACCCCCCUGGAAUAACUUGUGGAGAUCCCCCUGAGCGGUUCUGCACACACGAAAACCCAUACCUCUGUAGCGAUGAAUGUGAUGCUUCCAAUCCAGACCUGGCACACCCUCCAAGCCUGAUGUUUGAUAAGGAAGAAGAAGGUCUGGCAACAUACUGGCAAAGUGUCACAUGGAGGCGGUAUCCUGAGCCACUAGUAGCUAAUAUCACAUUGUCAUGGAACAAGAGCAUCGAGCUAACUAAUGACAUUGUGGUGACUUUUGAAUAUGGACGCCCUACGGCUAUGAUGUUGGAGAAAUCACUAGACUACGGGAGGACUUGGCACCCAUAUCAGUAUUAUGCAGAUGACUGCAUGGAAGCAUUUGGCAUGCCAUCUAGGAAAGUCAGGGACCUGACGGCUUCUAAUGCCAACCGGGUGGUGUGCACUGAAGAAUACUCCCGCUGGGCGGGUUCCAAGAAAGAGAAGAAUGUUCGCUUUGAGGUUAGAGAUCGUUUUGCCAUCUUCGCUGGGCCAGACCUUAGAAAGAUGGAGAACUUGUACAUGCGCAUGGAAAGUGCUAAGGGGUUAAAGGACUUCUUCACCCUUACUGACCUACGGCUCCGUCUUCUACGCCCAGCUCUUGGGGGAACCUAUGUGCAACGGGAAAACUUGUACAAGUAUUUUUAUGCCAUCUCCAACUUUGAAGUGGUUGCUAGGUGUAAAUGCAAUCUACAUGCAAACGCGUGUAACUUCCGGGAUGGAGCCUUGCAGUGUGAGUGUGAACACAAUACUACAGGACAGGACUGUGGGAGAUGUAAGAAGAGCUUCCGCAGCAAGUCUUGGCGUUCUGGUUCUUACUCCCCAACACCCAACGGAUCACCAAAUGCAUGUGCAGCGGCUGGUUCCGCCUUUGGCAAUAUGUCAGUGGCACUCAUGCUAAAUUACAACUUGCUACCAUAUGGACCUGCACACUUUGUCCUGUCUUGUGUCUCAUUAGUAUCUGAGAAACCAAGAGCAGAGACCCCAGCCAGCACGCCCAGGCCAGUGCCAACAUCUGAUUCAGUCACCUUCCCUGAGACACUUGUUUCCACCUUUUUGAAAGCAGUGGAUCCCAUAAUUGAAACUACAGAACUGCCUGUUGUCCCGGAGUACACAGAAAAUAAAAGAGACUUGCAGCCCCAUCAAAGCAGCUUCUCUGUUGUGGCCCCUUUACAGGCAGUCUCUCCUCACUCUGAGCACUUCAAUGCUCACACAGAAGUUAUCCAGAUAUCACUGACCCCUCCAAUGCUGGAUCAAAAGCCCAAGUUGCCGGAAAAAAUCCAAGCUGCACCUCCUGUACACAGAGAACUGACUGUGACACCAGCUUCAGGCAAGAAACAAACCAUGACAGCUACAUAUUCUGUAAAUAAGCCAUUGACCGUCACUCCAGCUUUAAGCAAGAAGCAGACAAAGACAGUUGCCCCUCCUCUAAGCAAAGAAUUGCCUCUCCCACCGACCUCUGGCAAGAAGCACUCCAAGACAGCUCCACCAAAGAGCUCCAGUCCCCUGGAAGACUCUGCUGUCAAAGUCAGUGAAACCCUUGGCAACAGUGUAAAAGAUUGUGAGUGUUAUGGGCACUCCAACCGCUGCAGUUACAUCGACUUCCUGAAUGUGGUGACUUGCGUCAGCUGCAAACACAACACCCGUGGUCAGCAUUGCCAGCACUGUCGACUAGGGUACUAUCGAAAUGUGUCGGCUGAGCUAGACGACGAGAAUGUCUGCAUAGAAUGUAACUGUAACCAGCUGGGCUCUCUGCACGACCGUUGCAAUGAAACCGGCUACUGUGAGUGCAGGACAGGAUCUAUCGGCCCUAAGUGUGACGACUGCCUGCCGGGAUACCACUGGAGGCAAGGGUGCCAACCCAACGUUUGCGACGAGGAACUCCUGAUUUGCCAGAACAGCGGUACCUGCCACCAAGGACAGAAAUGUAUAUGUCCAGUUGGCUUUAAAGGAGCCUUGUGCCAGGAUGUCAAAUGUGAUUCCAGCCACAGGAACUGUGACUCCGCUUCUGGUGCUUUGGCCAGCUCUUUUUUUCUCCUCGUUUUCACUCUGAUGCUAAGGGUGGUGGACAUUUAAAUCCCUCAAAAUGUGGUUGGCUGAGAACACUGCAGGAGGUGUGUCAACAUGUCAGGCAAGCCCCUGUUAUGGAGAACAAUACAAGGGGUGGUGUUUGGUAGUAACUCAGCUUCUGCAGUGCCUUAUUGCCUUUUCACGUGAGACAUCUUAAAAGCUUUAAUAAGCCCAAUGAUGUCUUUGAAGACCAUGUGCAGAAGAUGCAAUCAAAGUGGUCUACGGUGAACGAUUCGUCCUCCUCAUGAAAAUGGCCAUCUAUUCUGGGACUGGACUGGCUUGGGGAAAUCUCUAACCACUCUUUUGGGCUCUUGCCAGAUGGCAAUAGACAUGUUCACCAGCCUGAUCAGUUCUGAAUUUAGAAAGGUGGUUGUCACUUUAAUCGCUUCCUAUAGUAGACACCUGGCUGGGGGGGGGGGGUAUUAUCACUAACGAACAUAGAGAAUGUUGACAUUUUAUCAUUUCAGGAAACAAGGGGCCAUGAAUAUAUUUUAAAAGAGGACACUUAACCUCACCUUAUUGAAACUGGACCCCGUGCCAAAAGAACAUAAAAAACCCCUAAGGACUUUCAAAUAGAUAGAUGUAUAAGAGACAAAGAUUUCCACUGCAGAAUUCCGACCACAUAACGACAGAAGGCGUAUGAAUCUCAUUUUUGGCUCUGACUGUUUGCGGUUUCCUCGUGCAAAGAAAAUUGGCCGCCUGUUCAAAGUGACACAAUUCCAGCUCUUAUUUAAGAGCUGUUUUGGAAUAUGCAGUCCCGCUUUUCAAGUCCCUUAAAAAUCGACAGUUUCAGUUUUCCGUCACCCCUCAUUUUUCUUGGUACCAAAAUACGAAGGACCAAUGACUUCUGAUUGACCCAUUCCGAAGACUUUUGAAACACAGGAAUACAAACGCAACGAAUCAUUUUAGUGUGACGAUGCGAUUAAUUGUUUUGCUGUCAAAAGAAUAUGGUCGGCCAAGGCAGUUUGAAUGCUACUACAGGUUUAUUUCAUCAGUUCAAAGUAAUGGUCUGCAAAUAUUACAUGGGAAAGAUUCACGGGAGAGUUUUAGGGCAAUUGCACAUGGCGUGAUUUCAGGACUUUUGUGGCCACACUUUUUAGUACCUCAGGGGUGGUGCAAAAAUGUGCCCGUUCCAGUUCUCAUGCAAAUACUUGUUGCUUGGAAUAUAAGGGUUUGCAUGAAGGCUUUUUAGCAACUGCCACAGCAGUUAUUUUUUUCUCCAACUCCUGAGCUACUAAAAAUUUUUUAUUUAUAUAGUGGCAACUUUACAGGGGUUAUACAUCAGUCCCUGCCCCAGCAGAGCUUUCAAUUGCAUUUACAUACGCAACGGUCAGUUUUAUCAGACACCAGUUGGUAGUUAACAGAAACAGAGUAUCCAGAGGCAUAAAAUUCCUUCCAGAUGCCCUGGCUAGAAAUGAACCUAGGACUUCAGUGCUACCCCAAAUUAUGGGCACUGAAGUUUCCCCAUUUGACACUGCCCUUAAACUGACAAUUGCUAACAAACGCCAAUGGCUGUAGCUGACAGUUUUUUGUAUCGACAGCGGGAAGAUGCCUUGUGUAACAUAUACACUUGUGACAAAACAAAAUUAUCAUGUGGGACUGCCUCACUCCUUUAUCGACACAAAUCUCAAAACAUAAAUAUAUGGAUAUAACAGAAAGGUAAAGUGCAAAAUGAAUAAAGCUAUAAAUAUAUUGUAUAUUGAGAUUUUUUUUUUUUUUGUAGAGAACUAUUUUUGUUUCGAUGUUCUAUAAAUGAGAAAGAGAGAAGGCUUUAUCUUACAGACGUGUGGAAAAUAUCCAAAGUAAAGCAAUUGUGUAUUAACACUAAA